AUGGCACUGCCUGCGUGUGCAGCCCGGGCGCUCGGGCCGCCGCUGCAACCGGAGCAAGGAGCGCCCGCCCGCACCACCUGUCCCCGUCGUCAUUCCAGAGUAGAGGCCGAAUUGGCAGUGAGCCGGCCUGGGUCGGUCGCUGCCUCAGUCCGCGUGGGCCCUCCUAGGGGUGUGUCUCACGGAUUCAACUCCCGGCCGCUCCUGGACGAGCCCCUAAAGGCGUCUUCCUCCCUGGCGGGAGCCGUGCACGCCCCGCUCUUCGCGCUGCUGCCCCGAGGCCGCCGCAGGCGGAUGCACGACCUCAGGCGACGCUGGGACCUGGGCUCCCUCUGCCGGGCCCUGCUCACUCGGGGCCUGGCCGCCCUGGGCCACUCACUGAAGCACGUGCUCAGUGCGAUCUUCUCCAAGAUUUUCGGCCCCCUGGCCAGCGUCGGGAACAUGGAUGAGAAAUCCAACAAGCUGCUGCUGGCUUUGGUGAUGCUCUUCCUAUUUGCCGUGAUCGUCCUCCAAUACGUGUGCCCCGGCACAGAAUGCCAGCUCCUCCGCCUGCAGGCGUUCAGCUCCCCGGUGCCGGACCCGUACCGCUCGGAGGAUGAGAGCUCCGCCAGGUUCGUGCCCCGCUACAAUUUCAGCCGUGGCGACCUCCUGCGCAAGGUAGACUUCGACAUCAAGGGCGAUGACCUGAUCGUGUUCCUGCACAUCCAAAAGACCGGAGGCACCACUUUCGGCCGCCACCUGGUGCGCAACAUCCAGCUGGAGCAGCCUUGCGAGUGCCGCGUGGGUCAGAAGAAAUGCACUUGCCACCGGCCGGGUAAGCGGGAGACCUGGCUCUUCUCCAGGUUCUCCACUGGCUGGAGCUGCGGGCUGCACGCCGACUGGACCGAGCUCACCAGCUGCGUACCUGCGGUGGUGGACGGCAAGCGCGACGCCAGGCUGAGACCGUCCAGGUGGAGGAUUUUUCAGAUUCUAGAUGCAGCAAGUAAGGAUAGACGGGGUUCUCCAAACACAAACCCAGGUGUCAACUCUCCAUCAGCCACAAAGACCCGGAAUACCUCUAAGAGUGGGAAGAACUUCCACUAUAUUACCAUCCUCCGAGACCCAGUAUCCCGGUACUUGAGUGAGUGGAGGCAUGUCCAGAGAGGGGCCACUUGGAAAGCAUCCCUACAUGUCUGCGAUGGAAGACCCCCAACCUCGGAAGAGCUGCCCAGCUGCUACACUGGUGAUGACUGGUCUGGCUGCCCCCUCAAAGAGUUCAUGGACUGCCCCUAUAAUCUGGCCAACAACCGCCAAGUGCGCAUGCUCUCUGACCUGACCCUAGUAGGCUGCUACAACCUCUCUGUCAUGCCUGAAAAGCAAAGAAACAAGGUCCUUCUGGAAAGCGCCAAAUCAAAUCUGAAGCACAUGGCAUUCUUCGGCCUCACCGAGUUUCAGCGGAAGACACAGUAUCUAUUUGAGAAGACCUUCAACAUGAACUUUAUUUCGCCGUUUACCCAGUAUAACACCACUAGGGCCUCUAGUGUAGAGAUCAAUGAGGAAAUCCAAAAGCGUAUUGAGGGACUGAAUUUUCUGGAUAUGGAGUUGUACAGCUAUGCAAAAGAUCUCUUUUUGCAAAGGUAUCAGUUUAUGAGGCAGAAAGAGCAUCAGGAGGCCAGGCGGAAGCGUCAGGAGCAACGGAAAUUUCUGAAGGGAAGGUUCCUUCAGACUCAUUUCCAGAGCCAGAGUCAGGGCCAGAGCCAGAACCCAAGUCAGAAUCAGAGUCAGAACCCAAAUCCAAAUGCAAAUCCGAAUCUGCCUCAGAAUCUGAUUCAGAAUCUGACUCAGAGUUUGAGCCAGAAUUCGAGCCAGAAGGAGAACCGGGUAAACCCGAAGCAGAACCCAGGACAGGAGCAGACCGAAAGCAACACCAGCAACGGCACCAAUGACUACAUAGGCAGUGUAGAGAAAUGGCGUUAAAUGGCUCUGAAAGGCUUGUGCACACUUCUCCCAAAGCGCCACCAAAAAGAUGGCAUAUCUUAAAAGAUGAAAAUGUCCAAACACAUCCUGAUUCCUUAAGUUUGGAAAUUAAAAAAAAAAGUUUAGAUGUUGCCUUUACAGUUGCCUUUCAAUGAAAUGUUAUGCUGUGCGUAGGUAAAACAGAUCUCAAUAUGUAAUUAAAUUGUCUUUUUUUAGUUGGACUAUUUAUGAAAUCCAAAAGCCAAAAGAGACUCACCAGAAAUUGCUGUUUAGCUAUUUUAAGAUGUCUUAAAUUACUUAUGGAGGCAAAAAGAAAACACAGAAUGUGACCAUUUAAAAUACAACUGAGAAAUGGACUUUAAGUGAUUGGUGAUACACUUAAAACCCAGUUUUGGAAACAAACCCUUUUUCCAGUGGUGAGCAUAACUAUAAACAUCAAAUGACUAAAAGAAACACAAACCUUUCAUUUCCUUCUGAUUUUAACAAGGAACCUAUUUAAAUAGAACAGCAACUGAUGAUAAAUUUUACCAAAGUGUAGAAAAUUUUAAAAUUCCUCUCCCAAACCUGGGUGGUUUUAUGUAAAAAUAUUGGCUUUUCAAAUAGAACAGGACUCAUAUCUUGUAAUUUAAGAGAUGUUUAAAAUUUUCAACUUUUCUACCUUCUACUAUUUAAAGGUUUUAAACAGGGUGUAUCUCAUAUUACAAAAAAAAACAUAUUUUUUUUUUCCAAAUGGAAGACCAGUGUAAAAAAUCUAAUGUCCAGAUGCUUUCAGGGCACUGUAAUUUCAACAAUUCUGGAAUCUUUUUGGCGCUGCUUCUCAUUCACUUUAAGGCUUCUCCGAGUUGUGCUCAUUCCAAACAAACCCAUGUAUAGAAUCUUUCUUCAUCAUCUAAAUGGUGUGUUGCUGAAUUUAUUGUGAUAUAUAAUCCUGGAUUAAAGUCAGGACUUUCUUUCUAUAGAAUUGUCUUAUAAAUGUCUGUGUAGUGAGGUCCUUAAUCAAGAAACUCUUGAACGGGACAAUGUGUCUAAAAAUAUUGCUGAAGUUAUUCUUGAUCAGAUAGAAUUGAACCUGAAUGUGAAUUGUUAUUUACUUUUUGUACAUCUUUAUUGUAAUGUUUCCAGUUUGGCUGGCUAUUUAUGGCCCAUUAAUUCUUUUUUUUUUUUUGUGUUGACAAAUUUGUAGACAAUUAUAAGAACCAACAAAAGGCAGAAUAAGCAUGAGGAUAGCCAGAGCUAGUCUAUAACACCAAAAGCUGUUGCUUGAUUCUUUGGGUUAACCCUUCUACCAGAUUUUUAUUUAUGAAAGAGCAAAAGUAGAGGGCGUUCUGCAGUGAAGUUAGGUAUCAAGAACAAUCAAGUGGAAGAGAGUAAUGUGGUAGCGUGAGUCUGUGCAUCAUGUCUCUGGGUGGUUUCCAUUUUAUGGGCUUGGCUAUACUUUUGCAAGAACUUACACAAACCUCUGGUUAUCAAUCAAACAAGGUGCCUGGAAGUGGCAUUUAUGUUUUCAGUAGGGACAUACUUAGAAGUGUGACCAUAAGUUGCAUCUUGUACAAUCUGUCCCUGUGCAUGAUCUGGUUUCAUCUGUAAUAAUAUGGCCACAAGCUGAGCAAGAAGCUGACUAUUUGAGCUUAAAAAUGAAUUUUCUUAUCUCUAAGCUUGAAUCAGUAUUUCUAGCUUUUGUUUUGUCUGACAGUGUUGCAGUCCUGGGAAUUCUAAAACCUAAAAAACUGGAAGUAAAAUUUUAAACACACACACACACACACACACACACAUUGAAGUCAAAGUGUUUUAGAGUGAAACUAUGUUGUGUGCAUUGUGUUUUAAAAAUACUCUGUAGAUCACUUUGGUAUUUCGAUUUUGUUUAGUUUUAUUGAAAAUGUUUGCUCUUAAAAUUGACAGGUAGUUUGGGAAAGCAGGAUGAAGCCUGAGCCAGCGGAAAAGCUUGUUACAGAAAAAAAUAAUUUGUGUUAUUGCUGUGGUGUGCAUGGUUUUGCAGAGAUUAUGUGCAUUUUCUCUGUCUAUACUGAUUAUUGUAUAUAGGGGAUGUUAUAAAUACACAUUUUUGUCAUCAUCAUGUAAAUCCCAUGAUUUGAACUGUAAACAUCUGUCCAAUGGUGUAGCUUUACAAACCAUUCACUGAUUUUGUGUAAUUUAACAAUAAAUAUGAAAUAAA